AUGGCCGAUAUGGGCGGGACGGAUCUCCCUCGUGCGCUGAAGUCUACCGUUCAACGUCGGCUGGACAAUAGCAAGUCUACCCAGAUCGUUAUUCUCACUGACGGAGAGCUUGACCCCGAAGAGCCAAUGGAACUGCCCAUAAAACCGGCAACAAUUCAGGAUGGGACAAUGCAUCGACUAGCAGCGAAGGCCACACUCAUGGAUCUUGAAGACCUAGUCAAGCGGCAACCUUCUGGCUCACGCCUCGCGGAAGAGAAUGCUCAGCGUAUCGGCAUUACAUACUCCAUCACUAGCAAAUGGACCAGUUUCGUAGCUAUUCCACAGGAUGAGCCAGCAAAUACAGAAGGUAGUAUGAUGGAGCACUACAAAGCCAUGAUGGAUGGUAUCGAUAUGACAGAGCUUCUUAGUGCAUACAAUGAGGAUGAGUCAGAGAUUGGUCACGACAUCUUAGGCUAUGUUGGUGAUGAGGGGUCACGCACUUACGCGUCCGACGACGGAAAGUAUGGCGAAAUAUUACCGAUUUCCAUGGUUCGGGAAGCCGGGCGUUUAUCCGAUGGCGGCGUAGGUGGCUCAUCCCGUUACAAUACUCUGCAUAUUACAGAGGAGGGGAAGGAAGACGAACGUUAUGUGAUUUCAUACGGUACUGCGAAGCCUGUGACUGAUGGUCCUAACAUUGGGACUGGGAACAUACCAGCAAAAGAGAGAGGUGACGCUAGCGAAGGGGACCCCAUGAACGAUCAAGUAGGCUUCGAAUGGGUCCGAAAGAAAGACCGUCCAAGGUCAAAGUCUGACCAGGAGGAUUUGAUUCGCAAAUAUUUGGCAGAAUAUCGCACGGGCGCAAUAGUAACAGAGACCUCUGGACCAUUAAUCCUGAAUGGGCUCGUUCACUCCGAGAGCGGCAGUAGCGGGACAGGUAGUGUCAGUCAUGAUUCUUCCGAAGCUAUGGAUCCACUUGACUGGGAGAUGGCUGUUAAACAUCAAAACGGACAAGGGCUUUUCGAACUACCCGAGGAGGCGAGAAGCAUACUGCACCUUCAUUUCUGCCCCAAAACGAGAUCUGAGCUUGCCGUAAGGCUCAGUAAGAUCUUGCACGAUCAAGAACUGGAACCAGACCUCUGCAUCCAAAUCGUCGACUCGAUGAUGAUUAUCAAGUGCUAUCAGACACACCUGGCUGCGACAGAGGAUAUCUGGGAUCUGAUGAUGGAAAGAGCACAGGAUGCUAUCGCGGAAGUCAUAGGACAGGACACGUUGGUGCUCUUCGAGGAGGUUCUUACCGGGUCGAUGAUGCAUCAACAUUACAAAGCUGCGAUUGGAGAAAGAGAGCAGGAUGGAGGGUUGACUGGCGGGGCAACAUGCCCAGAUGGUAAACGGUAA